CACAGCGGUAACAAGCAAACGUUGUUCCAGUCUGAUAUAUUCUCUUGUGUGCUCAAGCUGUACCCUCUCUUCAAACAGAGAGCGAGAUACAUGGCAAAAUAGUCAGUUAACCCCAGAGUUUCGACGGCUGCUAAAUUCCGUAGCGUUUGCAAAAACUAAACAACAGGAGCGCCAAAUUCUAAAAGCCGAGGUGGAGACCUUGCGAAUCAAUCUCUCAUCCCAAGAUGAAACAGCCGUACGCUGUACAGCAGAGUAUCUCUUGCGAUGUCUAUUCUGCGAAACUAUGGGUUACAGUACCGCGGAUUUUGCCCAUGUCAAAGCAAUUAUGCUGACGCACGACGCAAAAUCGCUUUACGAAAAGCACGUUGGUGAGGCCAUUUGUCUGUUAUAUAGGGUGCUAUUCACAGCACCGUAAUGCCAUUUUUCUGUGGUGGUGACGAAGGGUAUCUCUGCGUGUCCAUGUUCUUGCACGAACGACAUGAACUCAGCCUGUUGAUGGUAAACACUUUGCAACGGGAUCUCAAUAGUGACAACAUCAAUGAACAAGCUCUUGCCUUAGCAGCUCUAUGUGGGAUAGCCAACGCCGAUAUGAUUUCCCCUUUGUUGUCCCCCGUCCUGCGCUGUCUUCGUCAUGAGAAUGCACUUGUGCGAAAGCGUGCCGCUGCCGUGAUACGCAAAUUCUCAACCAUAAAUCCAACCGCGAUGGCAGUUGCAGUUAGCAAAUUGAAACGAGUCCUAGCAGAUCAGGAUCCUGGUGUAAUGAGUGUGGCAUUGACCACGUACCGGACCCUGCUGUGUCAAUCCCGUAACACAGACACAAAGGCAUACCUCCCACUUCUGUCGGCGUUCAUUCACAUCCAUCGACAAGCGAUUAACGGCCGGCUGGCAACGCAAUAUGACUUCCAUGGAGUUACCGCUCCGUGGAUACAGCUCGAUUGUCUUGAGAUAAUCGGAACGUUAGGUGCCUGCGAUAUGAAGGCAGCUCAGACAGCUCAUCCUGUCAUUCUUGACACCUUGGAAAAUGCCCAAGAUGGAGGAGAUGCAUCGUACGCGAUUAUCUAUGGAGGGAUUAAGGCUUUGAGCAUUGUCGCUCCAGUGGCUUCUACCGAUCAUCUCGGAUGCGCGCCGGAAAUCCUGUCCCGGCUGCUUCAAUCGGCGAAUAGUAAUCUUCGGUAUCUCGGACUUGCGGGGCUAUACCUGCUUGUAGGUGCGAACGUUGGGGACAUACUCUCACGGUUUAGAGCUGAGGUAGAAGAAUCCUUACGGUCUGGCGAUGAUUCACUGGAGCAAAUGGGAUUGAAAAUCCUUUGCUUGGUGGCUACCAAGGAGGACUACCACUCGAUAGUCGAUCAUGUGUUAGACCACCUACGCAAAUCAGGGGAUGCGUGUACUCAGCUUCGGAUGUGCGAGACCCUUGUUAACCUUCUCAAUCGAUUAUCGGUGACAUCGGAAGAAACUUGCAGAAUUCUAUUUCAAGCAUUGCAUUCGGUGCACCAGGAUGCGCGACCCUCUGUCAUCAGUCGCUUGAAUGCGGUUCUGUUACAAGAAGAUGCGGGUGCUGUGCAAUUAAGUGUCAAGGAAUGCUUGGAGAUAUUGGUCAAGGAUGCGAUGGACGUGACGCUACUGCAAUUUGCCGUAUGGGUACUGUCAGAGUUUAUUACUGUCCCAUCAGAAGCGCAUGAUGUUCUAGAUAGAAUGGGCCGGCUACUCAAUGCACCAAAAGUUGAAGAUCUGUCCACUACAAGCUAUGUCCUCCAAUGUAUCAACAAACUCGUACAAAGGGUUGGAACCUGUCCACCCGUUGUAAUCUCUACCGUGGAGGCGCUGAAGGAGUCGCCAAGCCUGGAAAUCCAACAACGAUGCCACGAGUUUUUUCGGAUUUUGGCAUCAUUGCCUAACAUUAGCAAAUCUGAACAGGGCAGGGAAGAUUGUAUUUGAUAUUCACAACGAUAUACACAACGAAAUAAGAUGUGUUAUGAAUCGGGCCCG